AGGUCAGACGAGGUGACGAAGGAAAUUCAAACUUGGCAGGGACGUUUGCAUGUAGACACUUUUAUAUCUGCUGGUUCCAUCCUUAGCCAAUUAUUUAUUUGGCCAUGAUUACAGAUGUGUGAAUUUAUUAUCAGGAUGGAAGGUAAAGUCAUCGGUCCGGGUCCGUACAGGGCGACGAAGCUGUGGAAUGAAACCAUCAAGCUCUUCCGUGGAGGCAUGCCGCUGAGACGUCACUGGGCGCACUUCCGCUAUUUUGAUUACAGUUUCACAGGCUCUGAGGCUGUGGAUUACCUGCAUGAAAUGCUGAGGUGCAACUACAACUUUGGGCCUGAGGUCACGCGCUACCAGACUCUGCAGCUGCUCAGGAAGUUUCUCAAGGCCCAUGUCAUUGAAGACAUCAAAGGACGCCACGGCACGGAGGACUUUGAAGAUAACAGUCACCUGUACAGAUUCCCCACACGGUCUCCCUUGAAGUCGUUUCCAACAAGACCUCUGUUGAGAGACAGCAGUGACCUGCCGAGACUCAUCCGCUGGGACGACUAUGAAGAGUUACCUCAGCAGGAAAACUCUGCACCCACGAAGCCUGCUAUCCUGACUUCAGAUCUGUGGAAUAAAAGGCACAGUGUGGCUAUCGGAGAUGUGCAUGAAUGCAAGCUCAUUCGCAGAAAGGAGAUUACGCCAAAACAAGUGGAACACAUCUGGAAAUCGAUGACAGUAGCACACGUACAACGAGUUCUGGGCCUGAAGUCACUGGAUGGAGUUUUAAAUCCAACACAUGUGAGCGGGAGGCACAUUGUUCACAAUGUGUUCAGUGUUAAUAAGACAGGCAUCGUCAUAUUGGAGAACAAAGCUGAGGACAUGCCCUACUGGGUUGUAUCAGCAAUGAAAUGCCUUGCCAAUUGGCCUAAUGGCAAUGACACCAAGCAGCCAGUGUACCCGGGCUUCGAAAGGGAUGUUCUAAGAACCGUAGCAGAUUAUUUCCAGAGAUUAAAAGAGCCCCUGCUGACGUUCCAUCUCUAUGAGGUUUUUGUCAACAUUCUCAGUUUGCUGCAGGAGCAGGAGGUAGCAGCCGAGGCUCUUCAAGCCAGCUGUCUCUUACUGCCGCCGCCCAACAGAAGACGACUGCAGCUUCUGCUGCGUCUAAUGGCCAGAUCCAGCCAGAAUCCCCACCUGCCUCCCCUCAAUGAUGCUAUAAAUACUCGUACCCUGAUGGUACAGAUGUUCUCCCACUGCGUUCUGGGCUCAGUAGAUGAGAUGGACCUGGAUGAGCUGCUGGCCACCAAACUGGUGACCUUUAUGAUGGAGCGCCACAACACCAUCUUCCAAGUGCCGUCCAAACUGCGAACCCAGGUUGAGGAGCACCUGUCGCACCUCAAACGAGUUCAGAUCAAAUAUGCCGGUUCAGACACUGACUUCAGUGCAUCCCCGGCGUUCUGUAAACAGAUCAGCAGGGUGGUGUCUGAAGAGCAGCAGGUGAUAGGUACCCAGACUCCCCUGCAGGAACUACUGGAGGGCUUGAUUGCAGACAAAGAGCUGCCUGCCAAGGACAAAAGAAAACGACUUAAGCAGUUCCAAAAGUUGUACCCAGACGUCUACCGCAGUCGAUUUCCCACUGAGGAAAGUAAAUCCGCCGUCUUACCUGACAAACCCCCUCGAAUCAAACCUCAUUUCAUGUUUAGCUUCAAGAAACCCUUUCAGCCCUUUCAGAGGAGCUGGAGCUUUAGGGCAUGAUGUGCCUCCACUGCACUUGGCUACAUAUCUCAACCUCGGUGUCAUGGGACACAGAGUGACGUGCACUUGCUGCUGGGAUGAAUCACUACAAUAACGGUUCAAGAAAAAUGAAAUUGGACUCAAUUUAACAUAUUUUAAUUUAAAAGGGUACUAUACUCAAACCACACAGUCAUAGGGAAUUUUACUUGUUGCUAGGGGCGAUGAUGCUUUAGUUUUAGGGCUGCAACUACAUUUAGUGUUAGAAAUACAUUUCUACAUAUUCCACAUUGGAAAAAUUUAUUCACUAACAAUAAGAACCACUGACUCUGGUAGUUCUGAAAUUAUCUAUUGCUACAUUUUUCCUUUUAAAUACUUUAUGAUAAUAAUUGGAAUUUUCCGACAAAUGAAUUAAAUGCAUUUCAAAUCUAUUAAUGUCAUUAGAUGUUGGCAUAGAUUUUAAAAAACAAACGUAUGCACCAGUUUGCUACACGCUCUUAAAACCUAUUGGUUAAGUUUUAUACUGAGACACUGAAAAGUGAUGUGUGAUUGAUUUGUGUGAUCACGUUUACAUGUGGAAUUGUCAUUAGUGUCUCUUAGCUGCUUAAAGUCAGUAAACAUAUCAGAGUUUACCUCAAGUUAGUGUACGUGACUCGUUACAUGACUGGUACUUUUGACUACAAACAAAUCAGGACAAAUGAGGGAACAGCUGGAAAUGGCUGCAUUCACUGUGGACAUUUGUUUGAUUGGAUUCAUAGAAACUGUUGCACCUCUGAUUUGAUGUUUUGUCUUGUUGUAGUGUGUAUUGUCUCAUCUGGUACUUAUUUUAACGUGCUACCUGCUGUUCUGUCCUGUCAUUCAGGUUGUUUUUCACGUAAUUUCAGAUUUAAAAUUAUUUUUCUACUGAUCAAUUUUGAUGCGUCUGUGUGAAAAUCUGUCAUUGUCUUAAAAGAAUGUCCCAAUGCUGGAAUAACUGUUACACUUGAAUUGCUGCUCUAUGCUGGAUAAAACAUAAAAAAGCAUAAAAGUGAA